AUGUUUCAAAAACAAGAUGAUAUAGAAAAGACAAUCAAAAUCCUGGAGGAGCAGACCGCCAACAUUGAUGCCACUGACUGCCAAAAUGUAUGGUCAGAGUUAGAAAAGAAAAGACGGGAACUUGAAACCAUAAUCGAAUACCAGACAAAAGGGGCUAUUCUAAGAUCUAAAUCGCGAUGGUACAAUGAGGGCGAAAAAAACACUAAAUACUUUCUAAACUUAGAGAAGAGACACUGCAAACAAGGAACAAUUACCCAAUUGGAAGUUAAUGACAAAGCCUUAAUCCAAUCCCACAGAGAAAUCUUACACGAGUGCGAGACCUUUAAUAAAAAUCUCUACAGUUCAAAAGUACAAGUUAACGAUUACCCGGAAGUUUUCUUUCCACCUACACGAGAAGUAUUAAGUGAAGAAAGAAAACAGCAUUGUGAGGGUCUUUUAAGUUCUAAAGAGUGUUUGGAAGCAUUAAACGGUAUGGCCACGGAAAAAACACCUGGUACUGAUGGCCUGCCGUGUGAAUUUUAUAAAGUUUUUUGGAAAGACGUAGGCGAAACACUAACAGAAACAGAUGUAUCAGUGACAAUAUACGCACAUUAGAUAGUGCUAUUAAGUAUGCAGAAAACAAAGGUUUACCCGGUCUACUUCUUUUCCUCGAUUUUGAAAAAGCUUUUGACACGUUAGAGUGGUCAUUCAUAAACCAAACGUUACGGCACUUUGGGUUUGGCGCCUCACUGUUAAACUGGGUUGAGCUAUUUUACUGCAAUACCGAAAGCUGUAUACUAAACAAUGGAUGGGCAAGCAAUUUCUUUGAGUUAAGUAGAGGUGUUAGACAAGGCUGCCCCCUAUCGCCUUAUCUCUUCAUACUGUCCGUAGAAAUACUCGCUGAAGCUAUUCGUAAUAAGAAAGAAAUAAAGGGCAUCAAAAUUUAUAAUAGCGAAGUUAAAGUUAGUCAAUAUGCGGAUGACACGACACUCAUUUUAGAUGGAACUGAAGAAUCAGUAAGAGCGUCACUGUUACUGAUAGAAGCAUUUGGGAACAUAUCUGGCCUAAGGCUGAACAAUGAGAACACAGAGGCCUUGUGGAUA